AAAUGAGCAAUUGGGUAAAAACAUGCAGAGGCGUCCUGUUCUCGGAUUUCGCGGGCUAGAACAGCCCUUAUCCACCUACGCAGGUGCGCGCUUCGAAGGCGCGCGGAUCACCAGCCCCACCAUGCACCACCAUGCUCCACCAUAUACCAGACGUGUCUAUAAAAGCACCCGACCUGCGUCCCAACGCCUUCGAGUUUACUCGUCGAGCCCUUCGAUCGAGAUCCUCCGCAGCCGGAGCGUGGAAUUUCGAAUUGGUGAACCCGUGCAACAGGACCUGUUACUUCCACGUAAAUUUCUCUGUCGUCGUCCUCGAUCUUCCUUCCACGUAUCCGAAAGAACGCGAUUGGUCACAUGGCGAACACUUCGGAAACCUCAGUGACGAUUUACAUACGCACUUGGUCUUUCAUGAUACUCUUCUGCUUCGCUGGCUGCGCAGCUGGUUCGUGUCUGAGUUAUGGGCAUUCAUGUUGGGGAGGUCAUGGUAAACGCAGCGGAGGACAUAAUGCCAACAACGCAUAUUUCGUUACAUCGAAAACGAUGAGCGACCUACAGCAAGAGGUACCAUCGUUUCCGAAGGAACAAUGGGUGUUGUCACGGCUGAUCGCUCGACCUUUGACGUCCAACAAGUACAGAGGAAGAUGGGACAGACCUUUCAAAGUAAAAACGCACCUACCGCAGCAUUGGGAAGAGAAUGAACUGAACGCACAUAUGAUCAAUGAUGAACCAAUCAGGGAUCAAAAUAACAAUGACGAUACAGAUCAAGGCAAAAAGAGAAACAUUAAAGAUAUGCAAGAUAUUAUAGGAAAUAUUAACGACGAGCGAAAAGAAAUACCAGGAAUAUUAUUGAUAUCGAAUAAUGGAGACGAUGAACAAGGCAGCAAACCACAGAACGUAGAACUGUUCAAAUUUCUGAGUGAUACCAACGAUAACUUUAAAUGAACGGAUAAACCACUAUUAUAAAACAUAAUGUAAAAUAGAAAUUGUCAUAAAUGUAUUGUAAUUCAACUAAUAAGAAUAUUGUUUAAACCACUCGAUUAGUGAUUCUGUUUCUCGAAUAAAACUUGGAUGACCGACUUAUCAAUACUUAAAUCAACAUCCCUGGUUACAUAUUUAUGAACACACGAUAUGUAUUUAAUAUUUAACAAAAAGUAAUAGUUAUUGAACAAACUUGUACAAAAAACAAAACACUACAGAGCAGAAUUGUUGAUAAUAGUAUAAUUCCAUGACGUAUUUGUCUUCAUUUAUUGCAAACAAAACGAAAUCUCCGUUCCACUAGAAAUUAAUAUCAAUUACUCAUCUAAUGCUCAUGUCUCAACUAAUCAUUGCACAGAUGCUACAGUCACAUCCAUUUAUCAUUAAGUUUGCACAGAUGUAUCAUAACAAUUUGAUUAAUCUAUAU